AUGGCGACUCUUCCUCUACCUCAAACCUCCACAAUCUCUCUCUCUAAACCUUAUCUCUCUAAUUCCUUCUCUUUCCCACUCCGUAACGCGAAACUCUCAACAAAUCGCCGGGGGUUUCUCGCCGGCGGGAUCGUGGCAAAGUCAUAUAAGGUGGUGGUUGAGCACGACGGAAAGACGACGGAAUUGGAAGUCGAACCAGACGAGACGAUUCUAUCGAAAGCUAUUGACUCGGGUUUGGAUGUUCCGUACGACUGCAAGCUUGGUGUUUGUAUGACUUGUCCGGCGAAACUCGUGACCGGAACUGUUGAUCAGAGCGAUGGGAUGCUUAGCGACGAUGUUGUGGAACGUGGUUACGCGCUUCUAUGUGCUUCGUAUCCAACUUCUGAUUGUCACAUUAAGAUGAUCCCUGAAGAAGAGCUCUUAUCUCUCCAGCUUGCUACAGCCAACGACUGA